AUGGGUGGGCAGCGUGCCGGGCAGUGCAUUUCGAGAAGGUACCCCCUGCCCGAUGGGGUGGGGCUUCAGGUUUUGAGGAACAUUCUGCGCCGCCCAGCGAGUCCCCGCAGGUUGCCGUUGGGAGGGACGGGUUGGCUGGUUGCCGUGGGAACACCUUGUGAGCGGAAGUGCGGCUGCGUGGGCCCUUCCCCUUCCGGGUCGUCCCUGCGUUCCUGCCGGAGGUGCUGCAUGGGACAGCUCUUCCCGCGCCACCUUCGACUGCUGCCGCCGCUGCUGCUUUCGCGGGCCCUGCCAGCUCUCCCGGCUCCGCAUCGCAUGCUCGGACCCGAGCCCGCCCCGCCCCUCAAACGUCCUCGUGGGGACUUCAUGGCACCGCCCCGGAUCGGAACGCACAACGGCACUUUCCACUGCGACGAGGCGCUGGCUUGCGCCCUGCUUCGACUCCUGCCAGAAUACCGGGAUGCAGAGAUUGUGCGGACUCGGGACCCCGAAAAACUGGCCUCUUGUGACAUCGUGGUGGAUGUGGGUGGCGAGUAUGACCCUCGGAGACAUCGGUAUGACCAUCACCAGAGGUCUUUCACUGAGACCAUGAGCUCCUUGUCCCCUGGAAAGCCUUGGCAGACCAAGCUGAGCAGUGCAGGACUCGUCUAUCUGCACUUCGGGCACAAGCUGCUGGCCCAGUUGCUGGGCACUAGUGAAGAGGACAGCAUGGUGGGCACCCUCUAUGACAAGAUGUAUGAGAACUUCGUGGAGGAGGUGGAUGCAGUGGACAAUGGGAUCUCCCAGUGGCCAGAAGGGGAACCUCGAUAUGCACUAACCACGAACCUGAGUGCCCGAGUUGCUCGACUUAAUCCCACCUGGAAUCAGCCCAACCAAGACACAGAGGCAGGGUUCCAAUGUGCAAUGGAUCUGGUUCGAGAGGAGUUUCUCCAGAGACUAGACUUUUACCAGCACAGCUGGCUGCCAGCCCGGGCCCUAGUGGAAGAGGCCCUGGCCCAGCGCUUCCAGGUAGACCCAAGUGGGAAGAUAGUGGAACUUACCAAAGGUGGUUGCCCCUGGAAGGAGCACCUCUACCACCUGGAAUCGGAGCUGUCCCCCCCAGUGGCCAUUGCCUUUGUUAUCUAUACUGACCAGGCUGGGCAGUGGCGGGUACAGUGUGUGCCUAAGGAGCCCCACUCAUUCCAGAGCCGGCUGCCCCUGCUGGAGCCAUGGCGGGGUCUUCGGGACAAGGCCCUGGAUGAAGUCACUGGGAUCCCUGGCUGCAUCUUUGUCCACGCCAGCGGCUUCAUUGGUGGACAUCAUACCCGAGAAGGUGCUUUGAGCAUGGCCCGUGCCACCUUGGCCCAGGGUCCUCUACCUAUGCCUCCAACAAACGCCCAAGGCCAAUAAAAAAUGUCUCAUACUGAC